UCAAAAUUAACUUUCAAACUCUUCUCUGAAUCGACUACACACUGCGUGUUUUUUGAGACCGACAAAUCUACAAGAAUUCGCUGAAGGCGACAAUUUUCUUGCCCUUUUUCCCGGAAAAUUACCGUAAAGAAUUUCAUACUCGAUAAUAACUGUGCGUUCAGGUGUUGUGUUCUUUCUUGGCAUCUUUGUAACAUUCCAUUUUCCUUGCCUUCGAAUUUGACGUCUUUAAUAUCGAAGUUGCUAUAAACAUUUUUGUUAUAUGUAAUAUUUGAAGCCCAUGGAUAACAACUAUGAUCAGCCACUUCCUCCUGGAGUUCAUUCUCUGCCAAAUUCUUCACCACUCUCGGCCUCUUCAGGUCCAUCCAUCCAACACCCUCGGCCUUUUCAGGACUUUGUUAGACCUCACUACCAUGCUCACAAUUUUGCAAACAAUCUUUUUCCUGUUCCUCCCUCCAAUGCAACCCUCAUUACUCCCUCUCAAAGCUUUUAUCCUCAUUUCGUUCCACCAGCUCCAUAUGCUCCUAAUUUUUCAGAUCAGAUCCAUAGUAACUUUCAGAAUAACAAUUUUAUCCAACCUAUCAUUCCAUCCUCUCAAACCAUCAGACAGGAAGCUCCUGGUUUGGUGGUACCAACAGGGGUUUCACAUGGUUUAAUGCAUUCCCAUGUGAAUUGUGAUGGUUCUCAACCACAACCAGAAAGCUUUAAAGGUGGAGGACACCAAACUUUUCCGCAAUUAGCUGAACCAAAUGUUCCUACCAAACAAACGAAGGAAGCAGAUCCUGAUGGGGAAAUAAAUCAUAGAAGCAAAUCUGGAGAAAAGAAGUGCUCUGAACCAUUUAGUGCACAUCAAAAUGGGUUGUCAACUGCAAAACAAAAUGGUGCGAACAUCUCCGACCAACAACCAGGAAAACAAAAUAAGAUGGAUGGUCCUGAUGUAUCUGCUAGCUACCUGAUGGAAAGUGGCCAUGAUAUUGAAACUGCUGCUCAGGACGCUGUGCUGCGUGAACAAGAAAUCGCCACACAAAAAAUUAUACAUAGUCAAAGGCAAGCAAGAAGUGCAAGUGGACCUCCUGAUGAUAGUACAGACAUUUUCUCAGGACGUCAUGAGCCGAAUGCGUUAAAGGAGCAUCUGCUGAAGAUGACCACGGAGCAUCGUGCAGAAAUGGCAUUAAAGCGUGGCAAGUCUACCCUUCCUGAAGAAGGCAAUAUGGAAAUUGGAAAUGGAUAUGGUGUUCCCGGUGGAGGUGCUUAUUAUGGUGCUUCAAGGCCUAAUACCGACACUCCCAGGAAACCUGGAGUUGGUGGUCAUGAAACAGGCCUGAAAAGACCUGAGCUUGAUGGGGAGUUGGAUCAGAAGCCUGUGGAUAAGGGGUUGCCUGAGUACCUUAAGCAGAAGCUAAAAGCAAGGGGUAUUCUAAAAGAUGACUUGGCCAAAAAGGAUCCUGCUAUCUUUGAUAAUAAGUCGGAGGCUCAAUCACCUCAAACCACGGAGCUAGGAAAAUUGCGUCAGGGAUGGAUCGAAUCAAAGGACCCUGCAAGUGGUGCUCCAUAUUAUUAUAAUGAAAAUUCUGGGAAAAGUCAGUGGGAAAGACCUGUUGAGACGGCUGUUAACACAGAGCCCCCAUCUCAUAUAACUCUUCCGGAAGAUUGGCUGGAGGCACUGGAUGAAACAUCAGGUCAAAAAUAUUACUACAACACGAAGACGCAUGUAUCACAAUGGGAGCACCCUGAGUCAUCACUGAAGGUCUCCUCACACCAAAAUGGAAGCAUUAUUUCCAGAACUGCAGCUAAUGGGAAUGGGGCUGAUAAGUCAUCCUUGCUAAAGAAAUGCAUGGGAUGCAGUGGUUGGGGAGUAGGCCUUGUGCAGUCGUGGGGUUACUGCAAUCAUUGCACACGAGUUCUCAAUCUUCCUCAAAGCCAGUACCUGUCACACAGCCUGGAAACCCAACAGCAGAUCCCCAAUGCUGCAAGUAUUAGAGAAGAUUCAGAAAAAAGGCUUGCAAAGCACAGGUCCAAUAUGAAACCCCCAACAGGAAAAGGCAAUAAAAGAGACAGCAAGAAACGUGCCUACACUGAGGAUGAUGAAUUGGACCCCAUGGAUCCAAGCUCUUAUUCUGAUGCUCCACGUGGUGGCUGGGUUGUAGGCCUUAAAGGAGUUCAGCCACGAGCAGCGGAUACCACUGCCACGGGUCCUCUCUUUCAGCAGCGCCCCUACCCAUCACCGGGAGCUGUCUUGAGAAAAAAUGCUGAAAUUGCUUCACAAAAGAAGAAACCUAACUCUCAUUUUGCACCUAUAUCCAAGAGAGGGGAUGGAAGUGAUGGACUCGGUGAUGCUGACUGAACAAUCUGAACCACACGGCGUCCAUGGUAUUAGCUUCAUCAUUUUCCUGGACAAGAACUCUUGCAAAUUCAAAGCAAAUGGUUGGACUGUUCAGGUAUAGAAACUUGAAAAGUGAUUUGCAGGAAUCGAUUCUGUUCAAUAAUAUUUGAUGCUUUCACAACGGAGUCCAAAUACCUCUGCUUUAGCGCUGAGAGUUUUUGUUGGAGAGACCAGGGUAACGAACGUUUGACGCAGAGCUUAAGCAAUGAAUAUGCAUUGAAUGGUCUUGAUCAGGACGUAGGUUGGGAGCUCUAGACAGUAACUAGUGUAUUCUCUAUUUUCAGAGUUUAACAGCAGCGGUGCAUCAUAUAAAAGUGUUUCUUUCAUUGUACUAAAAUGUUAAAUAACCAAAGGACUCUGUGUAAAUCACUCUUUUUUAACUUUUUGUUUUGGACCUAAGAUGUGCCAAAUGCCAAUAAUUGUGAUCUUUGUAGUUUAA